GGGGGGCAUAUCCAAGCGGUUCAGCAUUACAGCGCGGCAGCAUGAGCCUGUUCCAAGUCCCACCACCGGAUACAUUGGAGGGUGCACUGACUGCAGCCUGCGGGAAGGCGGAGUUGGACGUCCAGCGCGUCCAGUCCCGCCCACUUUGUCCACGUCACGCCUCGUCAGUCUCGCGAGCUUGACGGUCACGCCUCAUCAGCCUCGCGAGCUUGUCCUGUUGAUGACACCACAAGAGGACCUUCUUCCGCUCCCACUGCUUGUACUUGCACAGAAUCUACUGCUCCUACAUCUUCUUCUCCAACUCCUCCUCCACCUGUUAUUCCUCUACCACUGGUUCCUGAUUCUCUUCCUCCAACUUCUCCUCAGCCUACUGAUGCUUUACCACCACAGAAACCACCCAGACUCUGUGGACAGAGGCAGCACACUGUCAUGUGUAUUCAUUGUGGAAUAGAGAUAAACAAACGUAACUUAAGGGUACAUCUACUGAGGAAACAUACUGACAAUAAGAAGGAUAUAACCGCACAGCAUCAUCUUAGUUGUGAGUGUGUUGAUGCUACGAAUGGCAUUUUUGCCGUAGCAAAGUCAUUUACAGGCCCCAAUACACCUAUUCACGUCAUUAAAAAGAAUUGGGGUAUGAAUCAGCAAACAAGAUGUGAAAUGGAUCUGUGUAGGAUCAACUCAGAAUUUGCACAAAGAAGUAACUUACAUCCAUUUGAGUGUCAGCAUGUUAAGUCCCUCACCUAUUGCCCACCUGCUAAAAUUUAUUCUCCUACUCUUGAAGAGGAUACUUUGACGGAAAUGGUUCAUGAUAAGUGGUUUGGGAAUGAUAAAAAGAAUCUAUGUCUGCAACGGCAAAGAGAGGCAAAUAAUGGACGAGCCCCUCUGUCAUGCCAGGUUACAGUAGGUGGGCCUCCAUCAAAAAGAUUUAUUUCUGUGUUUGAGCCGAACAUUUCUUAUUAUAGCAGGUUAGGUAGAGGGCUUUUUUCCUUUGACACAAAGAGGAUUGAAUGGCACUGCCCAUGUGCAAAGUCUAGGCAGUCUUGCAUUCACAAAUGCAUUGCAAAGUGGCAUCUGUUUCAGACGGAACAGAUGCUUUUCAGACGUGUUCGGAUAGUGGAAGAUGAUAUCCAGGAAGUAUUUACAGAAGGUACAGAGGAUGUGGAAGAACAGCAACUGGAUGAAGGGCCACGGUAUCCACCGGAAGAUGCACAACUCUCACGAAUGGUGCACUAUAUCUUCAAAAACAAGAAGCUUCCUGCAGUUCUCCCUGCUGAUGUAGCCAAUGCAAGAAAUGUUUUCCCAAAGCACUUGGUUCCAUUGGAGACCAUUUGCACAGAAUGCACAGAAAACACUCUACUUAGUGAACCUCAGCUUAUCACUUCAAAAGCAACAAUCUUGACUAUGACAGAUGUCAUUGAAGGGAUUUCAACAUACUGCAAGUGCUGCUACAGGUGUGGUAUGAUCUAUCGCUACCAGGAAUGGUCUGAUGGAGUUCACAACUAUGAUGACCACAUACUUCUGUCCUUGCAUCUCUGUAUCUUCCUUCGCAACAGUCUCCAAACUCACCAGGCUAUUGGAAGUGCUGUAGAAGCAUUAGAGAAGACGUGUGGUAAAAGAUUUCCAUCACAUCAAAGAGUGUUGUACGCGUAUCUCCAUUUUGAGGCCCUGACAGAUCACUCGUACACUUUUGCAUGUGUAAUGUGUGGUUACCAUCCUGUAACAGUUGUCAUAGACCUUCAUAAAAAGGGAGUCUUUAGUAUGCCUGUGAGCAACAUUGAGGUACCACCUCAGGAUUUUGAUGGGAAAGUCAAUGCUGAAGAGUUUUGGGAAGGGGUAUCAUUGGAAAUGAUCAGUCGUGGCUUGGUGCCAAGCAAUAGACAAAACCCAUUUGUGGUUUGUCCAAGCUACCAUUACUGGGCCCCAUGGAUUGGUUGCCACACAAGAAGCACCAGUAUGGUCUUAAACACAGAGUACAGUAAAGUCCAUACAGCCCGCACUCCAGAUGAAGCAUCUGACUUCAACAUCACAGAGGACCGUCUCACAGACGAGAUUCUUAAACUUAAGAUGGAAGCUGUGCGUAGUUUAUGCAAGCAGUGUGGCAUAGACUCCAAGGGCUCCAGAAUGGACUUAGUUAUGAGGUUGCGCCAAGAAAUGCAAACCCGAGGAACAUAUGACAAAAUCUUUUCUAAGGUCUGGGGAGCAUCUGGUGGAUGGGCUGUGGUUACCUGUCCCUGUGCUAUUGUGUACGCCGUAAAAUUUAACCUAAGGGCAGAGAGCCCAAGAGAUUUUGCAGACAUUCUAUUAUCAAUGACUCAUUUCCCCAAUCUGACAUUGUAUGAUUUUGCCAGAGGGCUGGCAACCCAUACAAAUCUGAGGGAGCCAGAGUCUAUGCCUUUUAGCCCCUAUGAGGGCAGGCUGCUUGAACCAACAGACAACAAUGUCAGACUGGCUUCAGCAGGGCAGAUUAAAGUGAGUUUGCCUUGGCUGACAAGUAAAAAGGUUGUACCUGAUGAAAAUGGUCACCCCCUGACAGGGUCAUCAGAGCAUUAUGCUCUAUAUGACCGCUUCCAUGAGGCAAACACAAAAGACAAAAAGGAUGCUUUGCGCAAAAUAGAACUUAUUCCAGAGGUAUGUGGCUGGGUCAAUAGCCAGUGUGCUGAGCAGCUUUUUGCUGGCAUGAGGAAGAACAAUCACUUCCUUAACAUGAUGACUCCCACAUCACAUAUAUUUUUAGUGCGAAAUAUUUUGCACCACUACAACAAUGCACGCAACACAAAGACUCUUGAAGAGAUGAAGAAAGCAUUACAUGUUGGAAUGGAAAUAGAGUUCAAUUCAAGGGGACAGACAGUAAUGGGUAUGUACUUUUUUAAUACAUCAUAUGAAAAAACUAUACAAUAAAUAAACUAUAAAAAUUUGUUCUGAUUUAUUCUGAUAUUAUAUGCACUCGUUGCCCUAGUACAUGUUUUAAACAUUUCUAAGGUGCCUAAAAUCAUGUGGAAGCAUCCUCAGUAGAUUCCUCUGGUGUGUCCAGAGCAGCAGCAGCGGCCCCUGGUGUGUCCACAGCAGCAGCAGCAGCAGCAGCGGCCCCUGGUGUGUCCAGAGCAUCAGCCACCCCUGGAGUGUCCAGAGCAGCAGCAGCGGCCCCUGGUGUGUCCAGAGCAUCAGCCACCCCUGGAGUGUCCAGAGCAGCAGCAGCGGCCCCUGGUGUGUCCAGAGCAUCAGCGGCCCCUGGAGUGUCCAGAGCAUCAGCAGCGGCCCCUGGAAUGUCCACAGCAGCAGCAGCGGCGGCCCCUGGUGUGUCCAGAGCAUCAGCGGCCCCUGGAGUGUCCAGAGCAGCAGCAGCGGCCCCUGGUGUGUCCAGAGCAUCAGCGGCCCCUGGAGUGUCCAGAGCAUCAGCAGCGGCCCCUGGAAUGUCCACAGCAGCAGCAGCGGCGGCGGACCCUGGUGUGUCCGCAGCAGCAGCAGCAGCGGCGGCCCCUGGUGUGUCCAGAGCAUCAGCGAACCCUGGAGUGUCCACAACAUCAGCAGGGGCCCCUGGUGUGUCCGCAGAAGCAAUAUCGGCCCCUGGUUUGUCCGUAGCAGAAGCAGCACCUGUUGUAUCCAUAGUACCUCAAAUAGCACCAAAAUCUGUGGCAAACUGUUGGAGACUGACACACUUAGACCAUAUAUGUGCCAGCAGGAAUAUCUGGGACUUCAAACUUCACAAAGGACUUGAGAC